GCAUGAAACUGAAAGACGGGUAGAAAUAAACAGCCGGAAUCACAUUGCAAUUAAUGAUUACAGCAGCCGAAUAUAUGGCGGUGGUGAAUUUGUGGUGAAUUGUCCACGUGAAUAAAGUAUCAGAUUUUGUAGAAUAAUUAAAAAGAUUCUAAUCAUGGCGAAAUGGGAUUUAACGCCAAAAAUUGCACAGUAUUUAGACCGACAUUUAGUAUUUCCUCUCUUAGAAUUUAUGUCUGUUAAAGAGAUCUAUGAUGAAAGAGAUAUGCUGCUUGCAAAGCUAGAUAUUGUUCGUAACACUAAGAUGAUUGAUUUUGCUAUUGAUUGCCAUAAACUUCUUUAUCCUGGCACAAAUAUUCCCGAAGAACUAUUGGACAAAAGAGCAGAAGUUGUAAGUGAGCUAAGACAUAAUCAAGAUGCAAUCACUUAUAUUAGAGACAUUUUAAAGGAUCCAGCUGUUACUAAACAAAUCGAACAAACCAGAGAUGGGCGUACACUACUUGAUUUUCUUGUUAAAAGUAAAAAUUUCAAAGUUGAAAGUUUGGAUUCAGUUUACGUUUUAGCUAAAAGUCAGUACGAGUGUGGUAUUUAUCAAGCUGCUACAGAGUAUCUAUAUCUUUAUCGCUUACUGGUACCCUCCUCGGAUAAGAAUUAUUUGAAUGCAAUGUGGGGCCAGCUGGCUGCAGAAAUUCUCAUGCAAAACUGGGAUGCAGCUUUGGAUGAUUUCAAUCGCCUUAAGGAAUAUAUUGAUACAAGUGAAUUUGAAUGCAAUUCAGACGUUUUGUCCUCACAUUUUAAGAUACAUAACUGCAGCUGUCAUUACAAACAAGCAGAGACCAACUGUGAUGAAAGAAUUAGUUCGAGUUAUUCAGCAGGAAACUUAUCAGUAUAGAGAUCCACUAACAGAGUUUGUUGAAUGUCUGUAUGUUAACUUUGAUUUUGACCGUGCACAACAAAAGCUCAGAGAAUGUGAAGAUGUCUUAUCUAAUGACUUUUUCCUUGUUUCUUGGAAUGAUCUAUUCAUUGAGAACUCUCGAUUAGCAAUUUUUGAAACAUUCUGUUCCAUUCAUCAAUGCUUAUCACUUCAAAUGCUCUCUGAAAAAUUGAAUAUGUCAUAUAUAGAGGCUGAAAAAUGGAUAGUUAACCUGAUACGAAAUGCACGUUUGGAUGCAAAAAUAGAUUCUCAACUGGGGCAUGUCGUGAUGGGAACAAAAAAACUUUCUCCUCAUCAGCAACUUAUUGAAAAAACUAAACAGCUGUUUGGUAAAACAAAUUACUUCUUUGCUAACCUUGAAAAAAGACAACCGGCUAGCCAUUUAGAAAAGGUUCCACACUGGGCUGUACAACCUUUUUGAUGAAAAACAAGUUAUUUUUAUACAUGUAAUAGUUCUGGACUUUCAUUAAAAAGUACUUCAUUCAAAA